AUGAGGGUGUCUUCUUGUCUGCUGGUUGCCCUUACGGCCAUCACGUCCGCUGCCGCCUUCGAUAUCCCAGAUGGAGCAUCUAUCACACAACCUUGGAGACACAAGGGACGACCAUACUUUGGCUGGAACCGGAAAGAUCGCUGGGGCAAUAGUGUCGAAGAAGAUCGCCGCAAGAUUACUAUUCGUGCGUCCGAAGACGAUACCGACGAUGUCUCGGCAGACUUUGUGUGGGCUCUCGAACAAGCACAAGAUGGUGGACUUGUGCAUCUUGAGGAAGGAAAGACAUACAUCAUUGGCAAGAAGAUUGAUCUACCUGUACUCAAUGACGUGUACGUCAAGCUCGAUGGUACCUUGAAGGUGAGCAAUAACGAUAAAUCGUACAGCUUCCUGUCUGACGCGAUCAAUACANNGUUCACCGAUGACAUCGAAUAUUGGCAGAGUAACUACUUCUACUACCCCUUCCAGAAGAGCAUCACCUUCAUGGUCUGGAGUGGUAAGAACAUCAAGAUUUAUGGCAAGGGCACGAUGGACGGAAACGGACAGGCCUGGUACAACGGCUUCGCUGGCCGUGAGAUUCUGGACGCUAGCAACACUUACUACCGACCCAUCCUCUUCCUGACCGACAAUGCCACCAACGUUGAUGUUGAGGGUAUAACCUUCCUGAACAGCCCAUGCUGGACAACUUUCCUGGUCCGUACCAAGGACGUCUCAUUCGACAACGUAUAUAUUGAGGCAUUCAGCAACAACGCUUCAAACACUGACGGCUUCGAUUCGCUGAGUGUCGACGGCCUGACCGUAACCAACACCCGUGUCAAUGUGGGUGAUGACUGCUUUUCACCCAAGCCGAACACUACCAAUAUCUACGUUGAGAAUCUGUGGUGCAAUGGUACUCAUGGACCAUCAGUAGGAUACGGCUACAUCGACAACAUCACCUAUGAAAAUGUGCACAUCGAGAAUACCGACGCCCCCAUCGUCCUUGACCAGUGCUACUUCAAUAUCAACGAGACAACAUGCGCUGCCUACCCCUCAAAUGUCAACAUCACCAACGUCAAGUUUAUCAACUUCACCGGCUCUUCAUCAGGAAAGGACAACAGAGUGGUUGCAGACCUGACUUGUAGUCCCGGCGCCACUUGUAGUGGAAUCGAGUUACAGGGGAUUGAGUUGACCAGUCCAAAUGGCACAGCAGAGGUUGUGUGCAAUAAUAUCAAGGGGGAUAUUGGUGUGCCUUGUGUUUCGGAGGCUGAUGCUGACAACUGA